GGUUGCUUGGAAAAACGAAAACCCCUGGUUGCUGCGGCGGCGCUCUCUGGGACUCGGAAAAUGGGGGCUUACAAGUACGUGUCGGAGCUAUGGAGGAAGAAACAGUCCGAUGUCAUGAGGUUUCUCCAGCGCGUCAGGUGUUGGGAAUACAGACAGCAACCUUCCAUUGUCCGUGUCACGCGACCUACUCGUCCUGACAAGGCACGUCGAUUGGGAUACAAAGCCAAGCAGGGUUUUGUGGUCUAUCGGAUUCGUGUGAAACGUGGUGGACGGAAGAGGCCAGUUCCCAAGGGUAUUGUGUACGGCAAGCCCACGAAUCAGGGUGUUACCCAACUUAAGUUCCAGCGUAGUAAGAGAUCUGUUGCCGAGGAGCGUGCUGGCCGAAAGUUGGGCGGUCUGAGAGUUCUUAACUCUUAUUGGAUCAACGAGGAUUCGACGUACAAGUAUUACGAGGUAAUCCUGGUUGACCCGGCUCACAAGGCAGUUCGUAAUGACCCGAGAAUCAACUGGAUCUGCAACCCCGUUCACAAACACCGCGAGCUCCGUGGCCUUACUUCGGAGGGAAAGAAGAACAGAGGACUCCGGGGAAAGGGUCAUCUCUUCCACAAGAACCGUCCCUCACGGAGGGCGACUUGGAAGCGAAACAACACUCUCUCCCUUCGCCGCUACCGCUAAUUCACCUCACGAGUCGCUUAUCCUCUUCUUUUACAGGUUUGUCGCUCUAUCAUCAUCAUCUUCUUCUCCUUCUCUCUUGCAGGACUUCUCAGUUCUCUGUAAUGUUGUUUUCUGGUUUUGAAAGUUUUGAAGAUUAUGGAAUUUUGGACAUGGUUUGAGCUUUUAGAUGCUGCCAUUUUUCCGCCCUACUUGGAGAUCUUGUGUUUUAUAGUGUACGACAUUGUUUUUUCUCGAAAUGUUUCCAUGGUCGUCUUCAUCUCUUCUUUGAGUGUAAUUUGUUAAGCAAAGUUAUGGGGUUCGUUGUUGAAUAAA